AAGCAGACUCCCACAGCCACGAAAAAGGGGCAAAUUAAAUCAAGAAAUGGAGAGAAAAAGUAUUGCUCUUCUCGUUUACGGAUUUGUGUUAAUCACAUUUCUGUAUUUCAUCCCAAGUUGCCAAGCCUCAAGAAAGUUAGCAGAUUUUCCUCCUCAAAACAAUCCUGUUGGUGAAGAACAUGAUGACCCAAGUAAAAGUGGCGCUCAUGGUAGCGUGUCAGAUCACUCCGGUUCAGCCACUGGUGAUACUCCUCCUUCUGGCAUGUUCAAAAGCCCCCCUAAUCCCACCUCAUACCCAACAAAUUAUAAUCGUGGAACAAAUUAUAAUCGUGGAAGUUACAGUAAUCAAAAUAAUGGCAACUGUCAAUAUAGUGAAACAGUUGACGCUUAUGGUAGGAGGCAUGUUACUAUUUCUGGUGAUGGUUGCAACAAUUAUAAUGGCUACGAGAAUGCUGGAGGAUAUUAUUCCCCCCCAACGCAGCAGUAUGGAGGUUACCCCUAUUACAAUCCUUCAGGUUACCCUUAGUCUUGUUGCGAUGGUGCUCAUAGCCAUGGAUAUAUAGAAUAACAAACUACGGCAGGCAUUCAAAUGUAAGAUGUUUUGUUUUUAAUGGAUAAAUGUAAUCCACUGGCAAGAACUUUGCCUCAGUGUUUGCUUAGACUUCUCUAGGCAAACGCAUUCAGUUUCUUUUGUGUAUUUUGUUUUGAUUUCAGUGACGGUGUCUUAAUAAGAGCUCCUUCUUAUUGUGUGAGAA